AUGCCAGUAACACCCAGAACUGAGGCAACACGCAAUCUAGCAGAGAAGUUCGUUGCUUACGUUGAAAGCGCCGAUUUCGAGAAAGCCUACAGACUCCUCAACGACGAUGGAAAAUUUAUUAUGACUGGCCAAACUAAAGUUUCCGGGGUUUACAAUGGUCUAGACGACAUAUUUACUCGUCUAGCCCCUCAAUUAGCUGGCUUCACACAGCGGCCAGAGAUCAAGGUCUCGGAGAUUUUGGUGGAUGGCGACAAAGCGUUCAUCCGUGCUGUUGGUGUCGGCGCUGGGCAGUAUGGACCUUAUAAGCAGCCAUAUUAUGGUUAUUUCCUGCGGGCUGAGGGUGAUGGUCUCAGUGAAAUCGUCGAGUACCUAGAUCCAGUCCAGCUUGAACUCGCGGUAUUUGGGAAAAAGCUGGUAGAUGCAUGA